UUUCCCCCCCCGGGGCAUAUUUGUCUCCAUGUGACAGGGAGAAAGCUAUCUGUCUGAGGCGCCCACUGGAUUCCAUUACCCUUCAUUCAGCAGAGCAGCUGGGGGCAAGUGAGCCAGAUCCAGUUACAGCAAGAAAAUCUUGGUAACGACGGAGCAUGUUGAGAGGCAUCUGUAUAGUGGAUCAGUAACAGUCACCAUGGUUGCUACGAGUAAAUUAAAGACUAAAAACACGGAGGGUAUUUCGGAGUUGGUUGAAAGGCGGUACGACCAGGUGUGCAUCGAGAAAGAGUUGGAUUUCUGGGAUCACUGCAUGGCCGAACCCCAUGCGGCCGCAGACGUAACUGAGGACAGAAGCUGCCACCAGUUGGCUAAGAUGUUUGAAAACUGCCUGUCCCGGGCCAAGAAAACGACGUUGCACUGCUCCUCUGUUCUGGUACCAGAGAAGCUGACCCGGAGGAUAGCCUGCGAGGUUCUCCAGCUGGCGUCCUGCGAGCCCUGCGGCCUGCGCGGCUGCAUCCUGUACGUCCACCUGGAGCAGGAGAAGGGCUGGAAGCAGCUGGAGCGCAUCGCAUGCGACGCCUCAGUCGUUCCCACGUUUGAGCUGACUCUUGUGUUCAAGCAGGACGGUUUGGCAUGGCCCAGCCUGCGGGACUUCCUCUUGAUGGGCUCGUGCUUCGGCCCGACCUUCAGGCACGUCAUCAAACUGAGUCCAGGUUUCCGUCUGGUCAAGAAAAAACUGUACUCCUCCUUGGCUGGCACUGUGAUAGAGAAGUGUUGAACUAUGUUGGAAGCGAGAAAGUGUCUCUCUGUGGUGAAAUGCACUUAAAAACUACAAGUGAGACCAAAGCGUUGUCACGUUUUCAGCUCUUUUGUACAAGUUUGUCACUGUAAGGUUAGGAUUUUAAAUGCUAAACAAACCAGAUAUUUCUGACUUCUGCUUCAUAGUCCUUAAAAAUUCCCUCUUUUUUCCUUAGAGCAGUUCCUCAUUCAAGCACAAUUUUACAAUUUACCUUUUCAAAAUGAAUGUAAAAGUGUUCACGUCUACAUGUUUGUGGGAGACGUACUUCUGUCAAGGGCACUAGCCACUUUGUAGAUGCAUCUGUGUUUCCAGAUGCUUGAAUGUUGAGCUGCAGUGACACAAUGGGAGGUUUUCUUCCGAGAAAUAAAAGCAUAGUUUGGCAGUUUGAGAACAAGGCGAUUGUUUACGUGCCCUCACUCAAAACUCUGCUAAAAAAAAAAAAAAAACCUCUGCUCUCACUCAAUAUCUCAGUUGUUUAGAUUUGAUGCCUCUUGAAUCCUGCAGUAUUUGCUUGAACUAUAGCUCUCCGGUGCUUUUCCUCUAAGAGAUUUACAUCUUUUGGAAUAAUUACCCUUCCAACCAAAGUAAUGUUUGUUUGUUUUUUUGUGCAAGAGGCAAUAAAUUUCUUUGCAGGAAAAAACAAUUUCAAGGACAAACGGAGAAGGGCAUUUUUCCUCCAGAGUCAAAGUUGUGGGUGAGAGCAAUGGAUUAAUUUCAUGAAUCUGAGGGGAAACUGGAUUGAAAAUGUGUGCUCCUAGACUUUUAAAUGGAAGAAUUCCCAUUGAAGGCGUCCAGGCUUGACUUGCAGACCAUUGCAAGUCAAUGCAGACUUGCAAUGGUCUAGAUGCCAGAUGCAUCUAGUUGUGAUGAUGCGUUCGGGGCUGCAAACAUUAAGAGCUGUGAAGACGCCGUCAUGGCGGGGGGGGCUUGUCACACCUGGGAACGUGGAGGCCUUAACUCGUACAACUGUCCAAUCUGCACUCGGAUCACAGCAAUGGGCUGUUCUGUGUGAAUGUUUUAAUGCAUUUUUAUUUUUAUACUGACCGAUGCACCUUUACAAAGCAAGAGCCUUUAUAUAAAAUUAAAAGUUUGGUUCACUUGGUGUUGGAGGCUCGGCUAUUUUUGUGUACUUCGGUUUGUGACAUUCUUUUUCUUUUAAUCCUUAUUUAUUGUACAAGGCAAGUACUUGUUCAUUAGCCAAUAAAAUAUUUUAUAAUUUUUA